AUCCACUUUUAGUUCCCAGGCUGGGGCCGCUCUGGGAGUGACUCAGGCAGGAGCAGCACCGCCUGUUGAGAGCUGCCCUGGCAGGGAGGGAAGGGCAAGGCAAGGAGUUCUCGCUAGUGGCGUGUCUGGCAGUAGGACUCCUGGGAGCUCCCUUCUCCCCCAGUUCGGAGAAAUUCCCUUAUCUCCCUGCUCAGUCUCUGGAGUAUGGACCUGCCACUCCCCGUGCAUGGCCCCAGCUGGAUGGGGGCUGUGCUCUUCCUUGGGGGACAGCUCCUAGCACUCUGGCCUGUGGCAGCUGUGGAAGUUCACACUUCCAGGGAAGUAGAGGCUCUGAAUGGGACCAAUGUACGCUUAAAAUGCACCUUUUCCAGCUCCAGCCCAGUUAGCCAGCGUGUGACGGUGACCUGGAACUUCCAGCCCCAGGGAAUGAACUCUCAUGAGUCUGUGCUCUACUACUAUGAGGAGCCCUAUCCCCCGACCAGUGGGCGGUUUAAAGAGCGAGUUACUUGGGAUGGGAACAUUGACCGGAACGAUGCUUCCAUCGUUGUCUGGAACUUGAAUCCCACUGACAAUGGGACGUUCACUUGCCAGGUGAAGAACCCGCCAGAUGUUGAUGGCACGAUUGGUGAAAUCCAACUCCGUAUUGUGCAGCAAGUGCAUUUCUCGGAAAUCCACAUCCUGGCUCUGGUCAUAGGGUCUGCCUGUGCUCUGAUGAUCAUUGUGGUGAUAAUGGUAGUUGUCUGGCGACACUAUCGGAACAGACGGCAAGAGAAGAGCACUGAGAUGGUGGAGACAGAACUAACAGAAAAGGAGAAGCUGAAGAGUACAGAAGAGAAGGUAGCUGUCCCAUUAGAAGACUAAGGUUCUCUGACUAAAGACUACAUACAGUGCAGCUUCUCCCCUGCGGAAGUUUCAGAAGCAGAUGGCUAAUCCUUGUGAUUUCAGAUGUUAGAACAAAGCUGAAUUACAGAUGUCUGAUGCCGCAACUGUGGUAUCCCUGUUCACCUUAAAAUCUGUGCCACGGCAAGACGGUGGGAUUAAAAUACAGUGUGAGAUCUUAUUUCCUUCCAUUGAAACAACGCAGGGAAACUUGUCCUAUCAACAGUGAAGUUGUCUUUGGUCUUCAAUCCCGUUGUAGCCAUUUGGAGAAAUGUACGUCCUUCGCAGAAUUUCAUUUGAUUCACUCUGUUGAAGAGGAAAAAUCCCAAGAGAACUAUAAGAAAUUCAAAGAUUCAGGAACAGAAUUUUCAAAAUUCUCAUUUUGGUCUGUGGAAGAAUUUUGGAAAAAUGCCUUUAAUUUUUUUGAACUUUUUAAAAUGUUUUCCCCUCCCUCCCCACAAAACAACCCCCUCGUCCCCCACCAUAUUUGUAGAAAAGAAAAUGGGGGGGGGGAGAAUGAUAGUCACUCUGAAUGAAAAUGUGCAAUGGUUAACCCAUUCCCAUUGCAAACUGUCUGUGCUUGCCACACUCUUAUUCGUUCUCGCUUUAAUUCUUAAAUUUGGUUUGCACUAUUUUUCCUUUCUCAAAAGCUCUUUAAAUGUUUCUAAAAAGAAGAAUGAUGAGACAGUUUGAUCACAGGGACAGCUUAUUGCAAGAAUGGGGUUUUGAUCCUGUUGUUACGCGAAGUGGAAAGUGUUACAGUUUUGGACCGUGUGCCGUUUCUUUGGCUGGAAUGGUAUUUAGAAGUGGAUGCAUUUUUCAGUUUGACUUUUGUUUGACUUUGUAGGUGACUUAGUGUGUCUGAAAGUGACAGACUGAGAACCUUGCCUAUUAUCAGCUGCAGUGAGGGCAGAUUCUAUGGCAGUCUCUGCCCAUUCCUAUUCUACUGAUGCACCAAAAUCCGGACUUCCCUUUGCUGUUCCAGACCUGGUUCCCCCCCACU